AUGUCGAAAGAAAUGAUUCCUUUAUUACCCAUCGACGACGAAAUAAUCGUUAUUGAGGAAAAUCAUUUACAGUCACCAAAUUCAUGUUCGCAAUUAAACGAAUUGUACAAGGAAGAGGGGCAAGCGAGCGAUGAUACUUUAACAAAGCAUGCCGAAGAAACUGAGGAAAAAACUGUACUCGGACAAGAUGAAAUUCUUCAAUCAGUCUCAGACUGUGUAAUACCCCUCCCUCCCGGAAAGAAGUACCAUUUAUUUGUAUCUUACAGUUCAGAAGACAGGGAACAUGCCAACAUGAUACGCGAACAGAUGGAAAACAGAUUUCAUCUUAAGUGUAUGGAUUUCGAAAGAGAUUUUAUUCCUGGAAAAAAUAUAGAUGAAAAUAUCAGCGACGAAAUGGCUCAUAGUGUUAAAGUUCUUUUGAUUUUGAGUCCAUAUUACGUUCAAAGUCAUUGGUGUGUGACCGAAGCACGUGAAGCAUGCACACUUUCAUUCACAGAUGUUGAUAACUUAAAUGUGAUUCCACUCGUUUUAAAGCCUUUGCAUAAAGAAUUACCAUCUUUCUUAAAGUCAUUUGUGUACAUCGAUGCACAAAAAGAAUUAGAUGUUCCGGCGAAAAUUUACGAAGCUUUUAAUCAUCCCGGAUCUCUGGAUCCAUUACAUCAAGACAGAUCAGCCACAACACAGAAUGGUGUUGUUCUAUGCCGGAAAAUUGCCAGUAAAGCAAAAUAUGCCCAAUAUGGUCUCUCAUUUAGGUUUCCACCAUUAGAGACAUUCGAAGAGGAAAAGAUCCGUUCCUUUAGCGUUGAUCCAACUCAGCUUGAAAACCACUACGGUGCUCUUAUAAAUGACCUAAACAAAAGAUAUCUUUUUGGGAAUUAUCCAGUCCUGACGACCCUUAAAUGGCGGUGUUGUGCAUUAUUUAUCCUACUGUUUGUUGUCUUUUUCAUCUUUGGAGCAUUGUACGCACUAAGCGGCAUUCCUGGAAGCAAAUUGUAUGACAGAGACCUUAGAAUUGGUGUUUUUAUCUCUGGAUUGACUCUAUUGUGCUCUAUCUGUCCUUGUGGGUUAUGCAUUAUAUAUGCAUGCCGGAGAAUACUUUCUUCAAGUAUCCAUUCAACAGUAUGUCGAUACAACUUGAAAUUCCACAGAAGCAGUAAAUGCCUCGUGUAUUUUGACAACAAUAAGACACUUCUUUCAAAACCUACACUUUACAUAUUCAAAUACGAUGUCACUGAAUGCGAGAAAUACUUGUCAUCUUUGUUAAAAGAAAUAAGACCUACAGUGGAUUCUGAUACCAACGAGGAAACAGCAAAAAACCUAAUAGUGCAGAAAUUACGGGAACUUCAGGAGACAAAUGGCUUGAUUAACUGGACAAGUUUACCAGAGAGUGUAACUAAUCGUCACCGAACAAGAAACUACAGAGCAUGUCUAUGUGAAAUGAUGGAGGACUAUGUAAAAAUGACAUAUAGAAACACCAAUAUCAUUGUUGUUUAA